AUAAUCUCCUAUGUUACACAAAUCGUUUUCUUUCCCGCGCAAUAUAUUUGACAGUUGUUUGUCUUUCUCCUACGGAGUAGGGUUUUUGGGCGGAGAAGAGUAGAGAGAACUGAGGCGGUGGUUGAGUAAAGAUGGAGGUGGCAGCUCAAAUCUCUCAGUUGCUGAAUGAUACUCUCAGCCCCGAUUGCGGAGUGGUGCGUGCAGCUACUGAAUCUCUCGAUGGCCUCUCGCUCCUUCCAGAAUUCCCUUUUUCUCUCCUCUCUAUCACCCUCGAAGGUGAAAAUCAAGGUCAAAAAAUGGCUGCAGCUACAUACCUUAAGAAUUUGACAAGGCGGAAGAUCGAUGAGGGAGUAAGUAAGGAGUUGAGAGAUCAGCUCAUGCGUGCUUUGCUCCUUGUGGAACCACCUAUUCUGAAAAUUUUGGUUGAAGUGUUCCAUAUUAUUGUAUCCGCCGAUGUUGUUAAGCAGAAUUCCUGGCCGGAGCUUGUGCCGGACCUGCGCACUGCUAUCGAGAAUAGUAAUCUUAUUAACAAUUCUGGACAGUCUCAAUGGAACACCAUCAAUGCCCUUACAGUUCUUCAUGCUCUUCUUAGGCCUUUCCAGUAUUUCUUAGACCCUAAAGUUGCCAAGGAGCCUGUACCAAUGCUGCUGGAGCAAAUCGCAAAAGAAAUACUCGUUCCAUUGUUAUCUUUAUUUCACCAAUUUGUUGAGAAGGAGAUCAAAGUCAAUACUACAAGGGCUGGGGGAAUGGAAACAGAGAAGGCGCUUCUUAUUAUAUCAAAAUGCAUAUAUUUUGCUGUGAGGUCACAUAUGCCAUCUUCAUUAGCUUCACCUCUGCCUUUGUUCUGUCAUGAUCUAAUUGACGUUCUUGGUUCUCUGAGCUUUGAUUAUACGGGUACUAUUGAAAAUGAGUACUUGAUGAGGUUGAAGACUGGGAAGAGAAGUUUGCAAAUAUUUUGUGCCCUGGUUACACGACACCGGAAGUAUUCUGAUAAGUUAAUGCCGGACAUGAUAGGCAGUGCUUUAAACAUAGUGAAGCAUAGUAAACAUAUCAGUAAGCUUGAUUUAUUGUCAGAGCGGGUUGUUUCAUUAGCUUUUGAUGUGAUCUCACGUGUUCUGGAGACGGGCCCUGGAUGGAGAUUAGUUGCACCCCAUUUUUCGUUAUUGUUAGAUUCUGCAAUCUUUCCAGCAUUAGUAAUGAAUGAAAAGGAUAUUGCAGAGUGGGAAGAAGAUGCAGAUGAAUUUAUAAGAAAGAAUUUUCCAUCUGACCUGGAAGAAGUUUCUGGUUGGAAGGAGGAUCUGUUUACAGCCAGAAAAAGUGCAACAAAUUUACUUGGCGUGAUUGCAAUGUCAAAGGGUCCUCCAGUAGGAACUUCUUCAACUUCAUCAAAGCGAAAAAAAGGUGAAAAGAACAAGGGAAAUAGUCGACGCUCUUCUAUUGGCGAAUUGUUGGUUCUUCCCUUCCUUUCAAAGUUUCCCAUUCCAUCUGGAACUAAUGAAACUGACAAUUUAAACAAUUAUUUUGGGGUUCUGAUGGGGUAUGGCAGUCUGAUAGAUUUUCUUAGGGAGCAAGAACCUCGACACAUUACAACUUUGGUUCAGAUGCGGCUACUACCAUUGUAUAAAUUGUCAGUGUGCCUACCAUACUUAGUAGCUCCUGCAAACUGGGUACUUGGAGAGCUAGCCUCCUGUUUGCCUGAAGAAAUGAGUGCGGACGUAUAUUCUUCAUUGCUUCAUGCGCUGGCUAUGCUUGAUAAUGGGGACACUUCUUGUUAUCCUGUGAGGGUUUCUGCUGCUGGGGCAAUUGCAGAACUUCUUGAAAAUGACUAUCUGCCUCCUGAUUGGCUUCCUCUUCUUCAAGUUGUGCUUGGUAGGAUUAGUAAUGAUGAUGAAGAUAGCUCCAUAUUAUUUCAACUUCUCAGUUCUGUGGUUGAGGCGGGAAAUGAAAAUGUUGCAAUUCAUAUCCCAUUCAUUGUUUCAUCACUGGCUGGUGCAAUUUCUAAUUGCAUACCUCCUCAUCCGGAGCCGUGGCCUCAAAUGGUUGAAAAGGGCUUUGCAGCAUUGGCAGUAAUAGCUCAAUCUUGGGAAAGUUUUCUCUCUGAAGAAUCUGAGGACUCUAGUGAAAAGUGGACGGCUGGUCGAGCUGCUGUGGGUAGAUCAUUUUCUGUACUUUUGCAACAGGCUUGGCUUACACCUGUGCUUCCAUUGGAAGAUGACUUAGACAAGGUUCCCACUUUGUCUUGCAUAGAUGAUGCUUCAACACUACUGCGGUCCACCAUGCUAUCUGUUACUGAAAGCAAUGUGAUUUUGGAGCUUAAAAUACCAGAGCUGUUAUUAGUUUGGGCUAAUCUGAUUGCAGAAUGGAAUUUGUGGGAGGAAUCAGAGGAUAUGUCAGUUUUUGAUUGCAUUCGAGAAGUUGUUAGUCUACAGAACAGAUAUAAGUUGAAAGAAUUUUUCAUAAGACCAAUCCCAUCUCCAAACCAGCCUGUUCCUAAUCGUUCAAUAAUAGAAGGCAUUGGUGCUUUUGUAAGUGAGGCAAUUUUACAAUAUCCAUCUGCGAUGUGGAGGGCUUGCUCUUGUGUCCAUAUGUUACUCACUUUCCCUAGAGACUCAGUUGAAAUUGAGGGUGUGAAGCAGUCAUUGGCAAUUGCUUUUUCUGGGGUUGCAUUUUCUCGUUUUAAAGAGCUUCAGAGCAAACCUUGUUCACACUGGAAGCCUUUGUUGCUUUCCUUAACAUCGUGUUAUUUGUGCUGUCCUGAUCUUGUGGAGAGAUCAUUGGAUAAAGAUGUCAAUGGAGGUUUCAAAAUCUGGGUAUCUGAAUUGUCGAAAGUCUGCAAAAGGUCAGAUGAAGCUUGCCUGACAAUGGAGUCUGAGAUAAGGUUGAUUGUUAUGACACUGGCCAAGAUAAUUGAAAGGCACUUGGAAUUAGGGAAACCACGUGACAGUUUGUUAGAGGAAUGCUUUACUUCAUUAAUGGAGGCAUCUGUUCGGUUAAAAGAAAUUCAGGAAGAAAAGGCUGAGGCUGAAGAAGAUGAAGAUGGUGAAGAGGUCGAAAGUGAUGAAGAAGAUGAUGAUGGAACUGAAGAUGAUGAUGAGGACUCCGAGGCUGAGGAAUAUGAAGAAACUGAGGAAGAAUUUCUUAAUAGGUACGCAAAAGUAGCUGUCGCCUUAGAAGAAGGUACAGUCAUUGAAGAGGAGGAUUUGGAGGAUGAAGAUGAUGAUGAGAUAGAAUUGGGUUACUUGGAGGAUGUUGAUCUGCAAAAAGUUGUGCUAUCAAUAUUUGAGAGAUAUCAUCCCAUUUUAAAUCAAGGACAAGAAAUACCGCCCGAGGUAAUUGCAAUCUUUCUAGAAUCCUUCCCCGAAUUUAAUUUAUUUUUUCAAAAAAUGUAAGUGUUGUUGAGCGAGAGUUUGGUAUUUGUUGUGUAUAAAAUGUUUCAAAAUGUAUUUAUAGCAUUUUGGAAGCGAUUGUCAAAGACUACACUGUGACUAUUUAUUUACAAGUUUUGAUGGGAUUUUAGUUUCCUUUUGUGGGAUUUAAAUUCAUUUGGGAGAAUAUUGAAGCAAAGCGGGAAAGACUUGAUUAUAUACAAAAGACAUCUAAUGUUGGGGAGUUUGUGGGGGCGACUUGCUCUUCCUUUAAGAGACAAGAAAAAGCACGUUCUGUGGACCUAAAGCUUAAAGCCCCAAAAGUCUCUUUUAUGGUAUGAAAAUGGAACCCACUUACUUUGUUUA